GAAGAAAGAGGAGAAGAAGAAGAAGAAGAAGCGGAAAAUUUGAUAUUUACCUCGAAACCUGUUGUUAUUUGAGGUCUUUGCUUUCCCGUUUCUAAUUUUAGCUGAAUUGGCAGUCGUUAUUAUCAUCAAGUGGGUGGUUAGUAUUUAGUUAGACAUAACGAGAUGCGCUUCGACUGGGUGACACAAAGGUCAGAUUUUGUAUCGGUUUCCAAGAAAUGUAAACUAUUUACAGUUCUUUUUAGUUAAAUACAUUUAUAAUCUUUACAACGCUGCAAAAUUCAGGAACGAUUCUAGUAUCGGAGUGGAUCGUUAUUGAACAUGGCAAUAAAUGCAGCGCAAGAGGCUUUGAUUACCCAGAUUUUCGAAUCUUAUAUCACAGAGCAUCAUCGUGAUGAUAUCAUCAAGUUCAGUGCAGCCUCCAGUGACGACAGUCAUCAACCUAUUGUUAUCAAUGCAAUGACAUUGUUCGAAGCCAAUAUGGAGAUUGGUGACUAUUUCAAUGUUUAUCCCAAUGAUGUCCUGACAAUAUUUGACAAUGUUUUGCAAAAAACAGCCAUUGAGAUGUCAAAGAAUACCUCUGUUGAGCAUUUGUAUGUGCAAUGCCCAAAAGAGCCAAGAAUGAAAAAGACCCUCCAUGCACGUAUCACAGGCCUACCAGUUUGUCCCGAGCUUACCAGAGACACAAUUCCCCGGUCCAGGGAUGUUGGGCAUUUCUUGUCUGUCACUGCAACUGUUAUACGUACCAGUGUUGCCAAGGUCCUGGAAUAUGAGCGUAAUUACAUAUGCACCAAGUGUCGUCAUGUUUUCAUUCUGCAAGCAGACUUUGAGCAAUUCUAUUCCUUUGUCCCACCGAUGUCCUGCCCCAAUACUGAUGGCUGUAACUCAUGCAACUUCAGCUGUCUGUCAGGAGGUUCUGAGCCCGCUGCCUGCAGGGAUUACCAGGAGAUCAAAAUACAAGAGCAGGUGCAGAGGUUGUCAGUGGGAAGUAUUCCUCGUUCUAUGGUUGUGGUUCUGGAGGAUGACCUUGUGGACAGGUGUAAGUCAGGAGAUGAUGUGACUGUUUAUGGAGUGAUGUGCCAGCGUUGGAAACCUUUUUAUGAUGGUUCUAUCUGUGAUUUGGAGCUGGUUCUCAAAGCCAACAACAUAGAAGUCAACAACCAGCAGGGUGUUGCUUCCUUACUCAUAGAAGAUGUUCAAAAGGAAUUCAAACAAUUCUGGGAGUGCUACAAAUAUGAUCCAUUAGCUGGCAGGAACCAGAUCUUGUUGAGUCUUUGCCCUCAAGUGUUUGGCAUGUAUGUGAUUAAACUGGCCGUUGCCAUGGUGUUAGCUGGAGGAGUACAGAGAAUAGAUUCGUCGGGGACCAAGACCAGGGGUGAAUGUCACUUGCUGCUUGUUGGUGACCCUGGUACAGGCAAGUCUCAGUUCUUAAAAUAUGCAGCUAAGAUGAUGCCUCGCUCUGUGCUCACUGCUGGAAUUGGUUCAACAAGUGCAGGACUAACUGUUGCAGCAGUGAAGGAUGGAGGUGACUGGCAUCUGGAGGCAGGAGCCCUGGUACUCUCAGAUGGAGGUUUAUGCUGUAUUGAUGAAUUCAACAGCAUCAAAGAACAUGACCGCAUCAGCAUCCAUGAAGCUAUGGAGCAACAAUCGAUUAGUGUGGCUAAAGCUGGUAUGGUGUGUAAACUGAACACUCGUGCUACCAUUCUGGCAGCUACAAACCCCAAAAGCCAGUAUGACCCAAACGAAUCACUGUCGGUUAAUGUGGCAUUGGCGAGCCCUUUGCUAAGUCGCUUUGACCUGGUUUUGGUUCUGCUGGAUAACAGAAACGCAGAUUGGGACCGCAUCAUCUCCUCUUUCAUACUGGAGGAUAGAGGACUUCCUUCUGAAAGCUCCGCCCUAUGGUCGAUGGAGAAAAUGAAGGUGUAUUUCAGUCUGAUAAAGCGUUUGCGGCCCCAGGUUUCGAUUGAGGCCAACUCAAUCUUAUCAAGGUACUACCAGCUGCAAAGGCAGAGUCAAGGCCGCAGUGCUGCACGCACAACCAUCCGCAUGCUCGAGAGUCUCAGCAGGCUGGCCGAAGCUCAUGCUAGACUCAUGUACAGAGAGACAGUGACAAUCGAGGAUGCUGUUAUGGCCGUCUCUGUAAUGGAGUGUUCCAUGCAGGGUGGUGGUUUGCUUGGAAGUGUAAAUGGAGUGCUUACUUCAUUCCCUGAUGACCCUGGCCAACAGUAUCAGACACAGUGUCAGGUACUGUUAGAAGUACUUAACCUGCCCCACUUGCUUCAGAAGGAGAGGGACAGAUUGGCCAAGCUUGGGAGCAGCAGGAUCGGAUGUCCCAGUUCUGAGCAUCCAACUGAUCAUCACCAGGAUCAUAUUGAAGAAACCACCGAUUUCAGCAAAACACAAUCGAACGUACCAAAGAACUCCCAGAGUGCUGUUGAGCUGGAGAGUGGUUUGGAUUGGUUUUACUCCAUCAUGCCUUCUCGAUCAUCAGAAGAAAUUACGUCUCCAGUAUUCUCAUCAACUCAACUGGACAGUAAUCAGAAACCACACUCCAAUUCGUCAACUAACAUCAGCUCUCCAUUAAACCAAAAUCUUAUUUCAAAUACUGGUGAGAUAGUCAUCUUUACUGCUGAGGAAAGUGGAAUAAUUGGACAAAAUUGCCCUGAAGCUCAAGAGAAUCAAAAGAGAUCUGACAAACAUCACGCACAGCCAACAGGGAGUGUGAUUCGGAAAGUCUCGAGAAAUGUACGAGAGAGAAGAGUCAAGGAGGUGCAGCGUAAAGUCCAGCAAGCUGAUGGAGGGUUUGGAAUUGGAGAAAGUGUGGUCUCUGGGAAUGAUGCAAGUAAAGAUGCUUGUGUGUUCGAUAUAACUAACAAUACAGACGUGCAUAACAAAAUCGAGGUUAAUAAAGGGUGUCACACAGCAACUAAAAUCAUUAGCACUGUGCUACAAGAUAAGAGGGAAGCUGCAGUUGAAACAGAUGAAAAUAUUCUCAGACCCUCAGAUUUUACAUUUAUACAAAGGAAGAUGAGACCGUUAGUCCACAAUGGCAGCAACCAUUCGGAUGUAAGCACACCCAAAUGUGACCUUGACAGGAGAACUCGUACAAACACAGCAGGCAUUCAACAGAAGGCUGGCAAUUGUGAUAAGGCUAGUCAUGCAAUUACAGAAAAUAAAGAUAGAAGUAAAACACCCAAAAACUACAAAAGUCUUGAAGGUAGAGGUAUGAAAAAACAGGUGGAUAACGAGAAGCCUGCCCAAACUGGUUGUAGAAUAAAGCAGAGAGAUGACAGACAGAGCUUGUGUCAAGAUAUUGCUGGGAAUAAAGAUUUUUUUACACCUUUAAAACCUCCUACUCCAACCACCGCAAAAUCAACAAUUACCCCAUCAACUCUAGCUCAACUCUCAGGAUUCUCUUUCAGUGUCACAACUGAACCUACAUCUAGGCUACAGACUGACCAAAAAAAGAAUCAUGAAGCUAUGGUGGGCAGCAAGCUAAACCGUGCAUACUCUUCGCAAAAAUCUGAGCAUCUACACAUUUUGGAACAUGGCCCACCGCCAAUUGCUAAAAGAAUGUCCAAUUAUAGUAUAAAAAUAACAGAACCUACUAAUGGUGGACUACAUGGUAUAAAAAUUGUUGAAGCUAGGCCCCCAAUAUUUAAAAAUCCUGGCCAAAUUAAGAGAAAUUGUUUUGAACUCAACCCUCCAAGAAGUGCUCCCUGUGGUUCAAAAGCGGUCUUUGUCAACACAUCUCUGUUUGGCUCUUGUGAAUUAAAUGAUGACAUUCUUGACACUGACUGGGACAAAGAGGUAGCAAAGAAAGCCAGAGUUUGAUAUUAUGGUGAGCAGCACUUGUCUAAAGUAAACAAAAAAAGGACAAGAUUAUUUUUUUGUAAAUUAAUGCAGUAGUUGGUCACUAGAUGGAAACCUUAAAUCACUGUAAAUCUUGACUGUUCCAAUAUUGUUGUUUUACAUAGCCCAUGUGUCUUCUUUUUAAUUGUACCUGUCUGUCCUCUUCCAGUCGACUUAUUUACUUUAAUGCAAGUUCACUGAUAUUGUACUCUAAAAUUUGAAUCUUUUCCACUUCUGCACAAAGGCUGGUUUUCCGAAGAAUUGAAGUAUGCAGCAAUGUAUUUUAUACCCUCAGUGUCCCAAAGCUGUGUGUUAAUAUAGGUGAAAUGAUUAGUUACUUUAAGUAUCUUGAAGUCGAUCUUAAUUUAUCCGAUAAACGCCCAGUGUAAAGCUCGGCCUGUAAUUUUCAAACAAAGAAUUGACCUUCUGUAUAUACACGUUAUAUAGAAGCCACAGUGGAAGGAUUGACUGGGCCAUCACUGUGGAGCAAUGUUGACAGUGGUGAAAUAAUUGGAUUUGGAUAGUUUUAUUACAUCAAAAGAUAUCACACAGUCCUGUAAAAUGGCAGUAAUUAGGGUUUUCUUUAACACAAGGGAGAUUAUGGACUGGGAUUAAGUGUACAUUACGGUAUAUAUUGCAACCACUAAUGUGAUGCACACAGUGAAAUCUGUCAAACUGUGCCUGAAAAUGCUCUUUAAAAUAGAACUGUGAUGAUGUUUUUAUGUAAAGGUAUACUUUCUCUUCCCCUACAGUGACUCCUAUCAAACUUCAUAUUUGAAAGAUUUCACAGGAUAGUUUAGAGGUCACAAGAUAAUGGAUUUUCAUAAUGAUUGCUUAAUUUAAUUGCCAAAUGCAUGGGUUUACACUGUGGUACAUUUUUGGAAUCAAGUUUGAAAUUUGCAAAACAAGUGCUUAACUCUUAAAAACAGCAAAACACUAACCAUUAACUGCAAAAGUCAGUCUUUUGCUGAAAAUCCUUUGUUCACCCCUCAAAAUGAAAUAUUAGCUCCAAUGAACAUGUGUGUACCAUCAGAAUAACAAGUUUGUGUCAUUUUACAAAUAAGAAAUUGCCUUGUUGUUAUCAACGUGAGUACUCUUGAGGGAUGUUCAGAUGAAAAUGUUGACUAGUUUUGAGCUAUUUUAAAUUGUAGGUUAUUUAAAAUUAAAUUGUGAGGCAUUCAUGGCAAGCAAUUAGAGAGGAUUCAAAAGUAUCCUUUUAUUGUUUGUAUUGUAAUUUGUUGACAUGCCUCAUCCUGUUACAAAGAGAGGAAAAGACAUCAUUGUGUGUGUGUGUGGGGGGGGGGGCACCUCCACUAAGCUAGUGAAUUAGAAUGAGGUCUACAAAUGGGCCUCUUACAUUAGUUCAUCAGGAAGAUGCAUUUGUUCUGAGCAUCUCCUGGUUCUUCCUCUGUUUUUCCUCCCAACUCCCUCGCCAAACAACAAACCUUUUUCUCAUUUUCUUUGGCUGUAGACCCCAUCCAAUUCCUUGUCCGUCCAUUGUCAGACAAUGUAACAGUGUUUUACUCCAUCUAUAUGGUGCUUGCCAGGUGACGGUUAAACUGUUUGUUUAGUGGUUGAUCUAAUGCUCGACACAUUUCCCUUUGUUAGAGAAAGUCAAGAUUCACCUGUUUGAUUAAAAGGUAUCACACAAUUCAAUU